UGAGAUUGAUGGCAUUACUUCGGCGAUAUCCGUCUCUUUCACUCAGGUUAAGAUACUGUAGACAUCUCACCGAAUCGAAUAUUUCUUUCGCGAAAGUUUUAUUGACCGCCUCUGCUGGCGCACCGUCGGAGUAAAGAGGAGCCAACUGACUUUUAUUUGCACAAAAGCUCUACAUCUACUAUUAUCUUCAAGCAUUUGUCCAAGGAGCCGCCCGCCCACUUGUUGCUUAUUGUCAUUUACUAAUUUCAAGCGCAUGUUUCUAAGACGACCCAGCGACAGAGACAUAGACAAUCUUAAUACGAUGGCGGGCGAAGACGCAAUGAUGACAGAUAGCAAUGCUCAUGCUGUCCCAAACAAGCGCGGCGACGAGCCUGGCCGCACUAAGGAGCUGAAGGCUAAGCGUUGCAAAGAGGAUACCAGCGGUGAUGUGGAUAUGGGUUCUUGCGAGGAAACUACCAACGUGACGAACAGCAGUCCUUCCGCGGCCAGCGAAGGACAAGCGGCACAGCAGCUCUCGUCCUCUGCAACCGCGAAGAAUAAAGCUGCAAACGAAGUAGACUCCGAUGCAGAGGAUGAUUCCGAGCUGGAUUUGGAGGAGGAGGACAGCGACGAGGAGGGGAUUUUCCUCGACGAAAACGGCAACCCGAUUGAGAACCCGGACAAGACCGCGGCGAGCAAGACCAAGGUGUUCCGCCCCGGGCAGGACGAACUCGCGGAGGACGAAGAACUGCAAUACGACCCAAACGCGUACCAAAUGCUGCACAAACUGAACACGGAGUGGCCGUGCCUCUCUUUCGACAUUGUGCAGGAUACGCUGGGCGGCGCGCGGCGGGAGUUUCCGCACACCUGCACCGUGGUCGCCGGGAGUCAGGCGCAGAACGAGAAGGACAACUGCAUCUACGUGAUGAAGUGGUCGAACCUGUGCGAACAGCAGGACGAGUCCGACAGCGACGACGAUUCAGGCUCGGAAAGCGAGGACGAGGCGAAAUCCGAGCCGAAAUUCGCCUGCAGAAAAGUGCAGCACGUGGGGGGCACGGUCAACCGCAUCAAGGCGAUGCCGGGGGCCGCGCAGGGCAUCGUGGCCACCUGGGCCGAGAACGGAAGGGUCAACAUGUGGAACUUGGCCGAAGAAUUUGUCGCGGUCGGACAGGAACAGAGCAGCAGCAGCACCUCCGAAAUGGUCGUAAAAAAGGUACUAGAAAGUUGAUUUUACUGGAACUCAUUGGGAGCUUAUCAUCUUUCAUAAUUCAAAUAGGGAGCUCGUACAACGUAUUGGAAGUAGUUACGUAUCUAUACUUCCGACCAAAAUGAUGUAUUGUGCUUUUUAAAGUUGCACAAAGAUAGAACGACCCUGGAAACAUCAACUCACCACAGCCCAUCUUCCAAUCCUCCCCAUCGGACCACAAGACGGAGGGUUACGCUAUGGCCUGGAACUGGCACAAGCCCGGCGAAUUCGUUUCCGCCGACAACGACGGCGUGCUGCGGUUCUGGAAACCCCGAGAGGGCGGCUGGUCGAUCGACCCCAGUAGCUUCAUCGGGCACAAAAAGGGCACAGCAAUCGAGGAUUUGCAGUUCAAGCGAAAAGGCAACGGUUGCGAAACGGUGUUCGCCAGUUGCGGCGGGGACGGCACUGUGCAGGUACGGUUGAAGUUUAAAGGGAACGAAUCGCUUCUGCAUCUAUACGACUUUAUGAUAAAAUACGACAAAAAAAUCCAGCGAGUAAAAAAGUUAAAGCUGAAAUGAACUAUCUGAGUGAUUUUUCGUAGUACCCCCCCCCUCGCGGGUGCAUGUACCUACCCUUCUCAAGUGAUAAUCGUUUCUUGACAACAAUAAAUCUCGUGACAAGGCUUGCUUUGAUUCAACAAUAACAGAUUUACGAUGUGCGACAAGGGAAGAAGAAGUCCGUGAUUUCGCUGCAGCACAGCGAAGACGGGUCCGGGUACGACGUGAAUGUGCUCGACUGGAACCCCCUCCAGGGCGACAUCAUCGCCUCCGGUGCCGACGAUGGCUCCAUAAAAGUCUUCGACAUUCGACACGCGGUAGAGAAUUUCAUAACAGUUUUUGUGACUCACCCUCUUACGGAAGGGAUGAUUUGCCUUUGCUAUGCAGUGUGUUUAAUUUUUAUCCAGCUGUAUCAGUAUCACCAAACAAGGAGUAGAAAGAUAAAACAAGAACCAACGCGGAUUGCCAAUUACAGUAGAUCUUUCAACAAUAAACACGACAGACGCCGAACGCAGCGGCCGCGGAGAAUGGGGAUCAGGCACUGAUGGCGGAGUUUGACUACCACCGCAACGCGAUCACCGCCAUCCACUGGCACCCGUUGGACGAAGCCAGUCUGUGCGUGGCGUCUUGCGACCAGACGCUGAGUCUGUGGGACAUGGCGGUGGAGCUGGACGAGGAGGCCUUGAAGGAGAUGCACGAGAACGUCGAGGGUGCCGAGGACUUCCCUCCGCAGCUGCUCUUCCUCCACCAAGGCCAGCAGGACGUGCGGGAGGCCAUGUGGCACCCACAGAUCCCGGGCAUGGUAAUCUCGACCGCGGUUGACGGGUUCAACUGCUUCAAAGCGAAAGAUAACUUUUGAGAAGAUUUAUGGAAGAAAGAAUGCUUCAGACGUUGAAACACCAGGUUUAGCAUAAUUCUGGUCCUUAUUCAGCGCGAAAAUGUGAAGUCUUUUCCUUUUGCUACCAGAAAUCAGGAUGGACGUACUAGUAGGACCUUUGUGUGAAGAAUAACCGUGAAGAUCUAGCACCUUGUUGCGCGUGGUGACAUUCGUGGCGGUCUUGCGAAU